AUGGAAAUGUUGUCCAAGAAAGCUACAUGCAAAUCGCAUGGGCAAGACUCUUCCUACUUCCUGGGAUGGCAGGAGUACGAGAAAAAUCCGUUCAAUGAGGAUACAAAUCCAUUGGGGAUCAUUCAGAUGGGACUAGCAGAAAAUCAGCUCUCUUUCGACCUUCUUGAAUCAUGGUUGGCAAGAAAUCCAGAUGCUACAAUGUUUGGAAGCAAUGGAGGAUCCAUAUUCAAAGAACUGGCGCUUUUUCAAGAUUAUCAUGGCUUGCAAACUUUCAAGACUGAGUUGGUUGAAUUUAUGGCCGAGAUCAGACGGAAUAAGGUAAGAUUUGACCCGCAAAAACUCGUACUCACAGCUGGUGCAACUUCAGCAAAUGAGACUCUCAUGUUUUGCCUUGCCGAACCUGGCGAAGCUUUUCUUAUCCCUACGCCUUACUAUCCCGGGUUCGAUAGAGAUCUUAAAUGGCGAACCGGGGUCAAAAUUGUUCCUAUACAUUGCUCUAGCUUGAAUGGUUUCAGAAUUACCAAGGCUGCCCUGGACGAAGCCUAUGAUGAAGCGCUAAAACUUAAUUUAAGAGUGAAAGGGGUGUUUAUCACUAACCCUUCGAAUCCAUUGGGCACGACCAUGAAUCAAGACGAAUUUAAUCAUGUUAUCAGCUUUGCGGUGUCCAAAAAUAUUCAUAUAGUUAGUGAUGAAAUAUAUGCGGGAACAGUUUUUGAUUCCUCAAAAUUCACAAGCAUCAUAGAAGCUGUAAUGGACCGGAACCUGGAAAAAACCGAUAUCUGGAGCCGAAUUCAUGUAGUUUCUAGCCUGUCAAAGGAUUUAGGCCUGCCUGGAUUCAGAAUUGGUAUGAUUUAUUCCAAUAAUGAAACGCUAAUAGCUGCUGCUACAAAAAUGUCAAGCUUUGGACUUGUUUCCUCCCAAACUCAAUACCUACUUUCCAAACUUCUUGGAGACAAAAAGUUUACCAGGCACUACAUCCAGGAGAAUCAGAGGCGGCUUAAAAAGAGACAACAGGUGCUGGUCUCCGGCCUUCAAAGUUAUGGGAUCCCAUGCCUAAAAAGCAAUGCUGGAUUAUUUUGUUGGGUAGACAUGAGAAAUUUACUGAGUUCAAAUGCAUUCGAGGCUGAGAUGGAGCUUUGGAAGAAGAUUCUUUAUGAGGUUGGCUUAAACAUCUCUCCUGGAUCUUCUUGCCACUGUACUGAACCUGGUUGGUUUCGUGUUUGCUUUGCAAACAUGUCACAAGAAACAUUAAACCUUUCGAUUCAUCGACUCCAGGCAUUUGUCACUUCCAAUGGAGAUGGAAAUUAUCAGAAUCAGAAGCUGUCCACAAGAAUCUCUAGAAGAAAUUCACUAGUGGUUAGCUGA